GCAGAAUUAGGACCUCGGGCAGACAAGAACUGCAAAACAAAGCUAAAGUCUUGGAAAGGUGGAUUGCAAUCAAAUUAUUCUAGCAAAAGAGAAAGUAAGAACUUUUGGCAGAAGAUUUCCUCUGAACAUCUGUAGAGGAGUGAAAGGAUUUGAAAACUGCAUUCUAGAGAAAUUUGGGUAGUUUCUGUUACAUGGAGCAAUGCUGAAAUUUCAAGAAACUGCUAAGCAUGUCAGCGUUCCCAGCUCUAAUUCUGCUUGCUCAGAUGCUGCUAUCGCAAGGAGAUACACUAUUCAGAGGAAACUUGGCAACGGGAGCUUUGGAAGCGUGUAUCUGGUUUCUGACAAGAAAGCAAAACAAGGAGAUGAAUUAAAGGUUCUGAAGGAACUCUCUAUUGGAGACCUAAAGCCUAAUGAAACAGUUGAAGCAAAUCUGGAAGCACAACUACUCUCCAAAUUAGACCAUCCAGCCAUUGUCAAAUUUUAUGCAAGCUUUGUGGAGAGAGAUAGUUUCUGCAUUAUCACUGAGUACUGUGAGGGUGGAGAUCUAGACUAUAAAAUUCAAGAGUACAAAGAAUCUGGGAAAUUAUUCACACAAAGACAAAUAAUAGAGUGGUUUAUACAGUUGUUACUUGGAGUCAACUAUAUGCAUGAAAGGAGAAUACUUCACAGAGACUUGAAAACCAAGAACAUAUUUUUGAAGAAUAAUCUUCUUAAAAUUGGGGACUUUGGAGUUUCUUGUCUUUUGAUGGGUUCUUGUGAUCUGGCAACAACAUUUACCGGGACGCCGUACUACAUGAGUCCAGAGGCACUGAAACACCAAGGAUAUAACACAAAAUCUGAUAUUUGGUCUCUGGGAUGCAUUUUAUAUGAGAUGUGCUGCCUGAACCAUGCAUUUUCUGGACACAAUUUUUUGUCUGUUGUGCUAAAAAUUGUAGAAGGUGAUACACCUUCUCUUCCUGAUAGAUAUCCAAGCAAUCUGAAUGCUGUGCUGAGCAGCAUGUUAAAUAAGAAUCCUUCACUGAGACCAGCAGCAGGAGAGAUCCUAAAAAUCCCUUAUAUUGAUGAGCAGCUAAAGAAUAUACAGUACAAUUUCACAUGUAUGACUGCAAAAGACAAGGGGCUUAACUGGCAGAAAGGAGGUGCUCCCAUUUCUGAUGCUGUGCUGAGGAAAGUUCAUUUGCAAACUCUGCAGCAACUGUCCGAAGUACAGAAAAUGACACCACGGGAACGAAUGAGGCUGAGGAAGUUAAAUGCUGCAGAUGAGAAAGCCAAGAAGUUGAAACAGCUGGCAGAAGAAAAAUAUCAAGAGAAUGUCAAAAGAAUGCAAGAAUUCAGGUCCCGUAAUUUUCAGAAGCUGAAUGUCAAUGUCCUACAUGAAUCCGACAGCCAGAUUUCAGAACCCCUCACUGAUUCUCAGCCGGUCAUCAUGUGUGACUCCACAUCCAUAGGAUGUGAUGAACCAAAUGGAAAUGAGAGAUGGAGUCAAUUUACGGACCAUGAAAUCCCUGAAGACCCGCAAAUUGCAGAAGAAUAUUAUAAUGAGGAGUUUGAAUCCUAUUCAGAAGACAGCGAAACAGAGGAUGUGGAAGUGUCACAGACUGUAUCAAAGACAAAUCAGGACAGUGAUAUUGAAGCAAUGGUCAAGCAUUUGGAGAGCAUCCUAAAUAAUAGCUCAUUGGGUUCGGCAACUGUCACCAGCAUGGCUCCAGGGGUGCCCCAGGGAUUCAGAGCCCUCAACAACGCUAUGGCUGAGACCAAGUUGAACCGCAUGAGGGAAUCUGCCAUCCAGAAGCUGGGAGGAGAGGUAUUUGAGAAGGUAUACACCUAUCUGAAGCAGGCGAGACAGCAGAAGACCAGUGAGGAAGAGAUAACGAGACACCUGGAGAAACUGGUUCCUAGAGCAAGUGAUUGCUUUGAGGUGGAUCAGCUCCUCUACUUUGAGGAGCAGCUGCAAGAUUCAGAAUCGUAUCUUCAGCUGUAAGAUGUGCAGGUAACAGUUUGGGAAAUAAUGAACAAGACAGUGCUGAGCUGCCUGCUUCAGGCCAGCCAGCAAAUCCUGGAGGAGUCUGGAGGAAACUGCUGAGGGUAACUCAGAACAUAAACAGUAGGCAGGCUCUUGGAGAGUCCAGUCUGUGCAGUGAGCAGCGGGUAAGUACAGUAUAGAUUACAAGGGUAGGAAGGAAAACUUAUAGAGGGGAGAGUUUAUAAUUAUCGGUGUUCCUUUCACUGCUUAGGGCAUAACGGAAGAGUUCUCUUGGACACUAGUCAGUGGCAAAGCUGCCACUGAAGGCAGUGGUGCAGGAUUAGGCUCCAGCUGUUGUUUAUUCCUGCACUGACUGGCCGUUGUGGCAUUUAAGCACAUCUAUUUUGUACUAUGGCAGAAUACAAAUGUGUAUGGCUAUUCCGCCACAAAUUGUCUUGUUGCCAUUCAUUGACUAAAGAACUGCAUUUAGUUUGUGUGUCUUUCAAAGGAACUGUGAAAAUAUAGAUCACAUAAUCAGGGAAUGGCUUGGGUUGGAAAGGACGUUAAAGGUCAUCAAGCUCCAACCCAUGCCAUAGGCAUAGCACAGUCACUUCCCACCAGACCAAGCUGCCCAGAGCCCUGUCGUACCCGCUCUUGAAUGUUUCCAGGCAUGGUGCAUCCACAGCUUCUAUGGGCAGCCUGUGCCAGGACUCACUGCCCUCUGAGUGAGUUUUAUUUCUAAUAUCUAAUUUAAGUCUCCCUUCUUUCAGUUUAAAACCAUUCCCCCUUGUCCUGUCACUAUCUGACCAUCCAGAGUUGGACUCUCUCCUGUUUAUAAGGUUUUUUUUAGUACUGGAAGGCCAUAGUGAGUUAUACUCUCAGCCUUUCUUCUCUGGACUGAACAAGCCCAGCUGCCUCAGCCUUUCUUCAUAAGAGAGGUGCUCCAACCCUCUGAUCCUCUUCAUUGCCCUUCAUACACUCCAACAGCUCUACGUCCUUCUUGUGCUGGGGUACCCAGACCUGGAUGCAAUACUUGGGCAAAGCAGAAGGGGACAAUCCCCUCCCACUCCCUGCUGGCCACCCCUCUUUGGAUACAGUCCAGGAUACUGUUGGCCUUCUGGGCUGCAAUUGCACACUAUUGUCUCAUGUCAAGCAUGUGUAUAUUCAUCCACGCUUACUCACAUACAUAGAAAUAAGUAUAUAUAUGCAUAGAGAUGGGAAAACAUUUGGCCACAUUGUUGUACAUGUUUAAGUUUACAGAGACAGAGAGAUGAGGCCAGAGCUGUAGAUGACUAUGACAGCUAGGAAUUCUUAUUACAGAUUCUCAACGUUUUUUAUCACUGUACACAGAACAAUAAAUCAAUUUUCUUUUGCUUGCACACAGAUAAUGGUAUUUUUUUUUCAUAUCAUUUAUGUUUCCCUCUUCAUAUGCAUCACUCUUUUGCUGAUUGGAAGAGCAUAUUAUGCUGUGAUAAUAUACUUGUGCAUUCUGAGCUCCUUUGCCUACCUGUGGAACAGUAACAGAUAACAAGUAAUACAAUCUAUAUGGAAGAAUCUCAAGUGAAUUGUGGACCAGUUUAGUUUUAGCCAUCUAGCCAUUAUCAAAAGCCCUGUGUACUCUGUUUUUUGCCAUAACUCUUCAAGUGCUCAAGAGCUGAAUUAGAUGAAUGAAAGUAAAUUCAUAAUGUGAACAUCAAAAAAAUGUUGCUACUUAACUUGGACUAAAACUAAGGAUACUGGGAUUGACAGUAAAGUAAGGAGAAGAACUGAUUCAUCUUUGUGACGUGCAUGAAGAGAUUCAAAGGGAGCAGCAAUUGAUCAUCCUUAUCCAUACCAGCAGUAACACAACCUGCAGAAGAAAAGUGCAUGCCCAUCUAAGGAAGAUGUGGCCUUUUACUGCCAGCCCAAAGUAGGAGAUCCUGGUAUGUCUGACUUCAGCUUCUGCUGGGAGUACAUGAAUGUGAAGUGAUAUUCACUGAGGUUGCAAAACUGUUUUUGUCUGUGUGAUGUUUCAUGUCUCACAGGCAGUUUGAAGCACAGAUUCUCAGCCAGACUUCAGUCCCCAUUCUUCUCAAUGCUAUAUUUGUGUCCUUGAUUCCAUGUGUUUUAUACAUAACUUCAAUUAAGGCCACUUAAAUAUCAAAAUAAGAGGAGUGCUUGGAUGUGAAUAAUAUCAGAGAGAUACAACCUUGACUACUACACCCACCUCUGGCUGUGAUUCAGACUGCUUUUUCACAAAAGCUUGAAAACCAAACUCUGUAGCCAUCAAUUGCUUUUAGGCAUGUUUUAUUUGUAUUAAUUUUCAUAUUUGAUUACUCACAAAGCACUCAAACUCUCUGCUUAAUACAUGGAGUGUUUUGAAUACCAUGCUUGCUAAUGUGUUGCAAUGUAAUAGAAUUAUUAAUAUCUGCUUGUGCAAAAUACAAGGUAUGUAUGGGAGCUGUUGUUUCACAGCACUCAGUGCUCCUGAAGCACUGAUUGAUCACCUGAGGCAAGCACUGAGUCAGCCAUGGAGCACAGGUGAAGGCGAUUCAGCUGAGUGAUGGAGGGGGUGGAGCUUGGCUGCACCUCUCCUAGACCCAUUUAAGGGCUGACUGCCACUGGGGAAGGACCUCUUUCUGGAGAUUUCUCAUCUGUGGAGUCUUUCCUGCAAACCUAGAUCUUCAGAUACAGGUGAGCAUUCCUUCCUUGUUUGUUUCUUUUCCUGUUUCACUGCGAUAAUCUUUCCAGUUGUAACACCAACUGUAACAGAUGCGUAAUAAUUAUACGCACACUUGAAAAGAGUCUUGAAGUCAGUUUGAAGUUGUUGUUUUUGUAGGUUUUUUUUAUAUAUACUCUUGAAAAGUUUUCAAACCUGAGGACUUAAACAGUAGUUAACAUCUGCAGUGUGCUAAUCUACCACAAGUACUAGCAACGUUCUGAAUCCAAAUACCUAAAUAAGGUAAUCAAGAAAUGGGAAAAAAAAAAUCAACAAAAUGACUGUCUCCUAAUAAACCCCUGCCCUUUCCAGGUCACAUCCAUUCCAAAGUUCUCAGCAAACUGUUGAAUUUACAUCAUCCAGAUAGGGGCCAACUCUCAGAGGCAGGUCCAGCCCUGCUAUAACUUUACACAACUCACUGAAAUUGUUUUCUGUUUUUCUGUCUCUUGAACUCUUAGGGAAGGAUAUGCAUCAGUUCAGCUCCAUUCUGAAGCUUGUUAAACCUGUUCCAUACCUGGGUUUUAGGCUGUCUUCACAUAAGGGCCUUUGAGUUCUUUUCUGCACUGUGUAGUUAGUAGCUAUCAGUGGACAUCUGGUGUGUUAUCCCCAUCACUGCAGAAAUGGGUGUGUAAGUCCAAACAUGUGACAAAGAACAGUUUUGUACAUCCUGGGGCAGAGAGGUUGGUGCUGCAGUGCUGAUAGACUGUCCCUGGUGAGCUUAGUGAGACUGCUCUUGAUACAGCACUAUGAGGAUUAGAUGGAACUGUGUUGAUUGAGAUGCUAUGCUGACGAUCUCUUGUAUAUGGUUAUUGGAUUGAUCAUUUUUCUGUAAUCACAUUUGAAAGGAGAGAAGUAAACUCUGAACUAACAAAAAAAAAUUAAAAAAAAAAAAAGUAGGGAAUGAUAUCCUUAGAGAUUAGUCACUCCUAAGAAAUGCAAAAAGUUUCAAGAAAACAGGUGCUCAGGAAAGCAGGGCAGAAUGGUCACUACAUAAUGAUUUCAAUGAAGGAAUGGUUGUGCUCCAUCAGGCUGUCAGCAGGCCUCACUGCUCUGCAAACAGCACAGCCUACAGAGAUGUGCAGUCCUUUUCUAACCUGGUAAACUACUGAUGGAUGGGGAGAAACAAAAUCAUCGCAUUAUACUGAGAUCUAGACAAACAUAAUGAUCACCAUAAAAGAAGAUUUUUUUUCCUUAAAGAUAAGAUCUUACAUAAAACAUGUUUUAAAUUUCAGGUUUAUUGUGCUUGCUGCGGAAAAGACUGAGUCCCUGCCUUUUAUAUAUGAAAUGCAUUCCAUACACUGAGGUGGAUUAGAAAGCAAACCAAUUAUAUUUGUUACAGAAAACAAGCAGUUCUUAGAGGUGACUGGCUUGCCAGAUAAUCCCUCAGGAGGCACCAGAAGGCAUCUUUCUAUAAGAUGAAUUGUCAGAGGUUUCCAGUGUCUGAAAAUACUUUCCAGUGCAGGGAAGGAUCACCCUUCCCACAGGACCUGGCUCUAUGGGUGCUGCCCAGUGAUGACUUGCUCUGAGGUGUGCUCAGGGCCGGAGCGUGAACCUACCCUGACCACUGCUGGCUCUUGAAGUCCACACAAACCAGGAUGGUGGUGCAUUGAGCAAACACACGGGCAAGAAAAAGAGCAGGCAGCCAGGCUGGAUCACCAGCAGUGUACCUGCUCAGCAAGCACGGCAGCUCCAGAGGAUGUAGAAGUGAAAAAACAAGCUGUGACAGGCAGCUGGGGCAAAUGAAUGAGAAGGGAAAUGGCAAAAGAGCAAACCAGUGGGACACAUCAGCACAGGAAUCAAAUCAACUGGGUUCUUCUUGUGGAUUGUAAGCUAUGCCAACACCAGUCAGUGCAAACCCACUGAGUUCACUGAGUUUCUUCUGCUUUCUGGCAGCAUAAGUUCUGGCUUUUACUGACUCUAUUGACAAAUCCAAGAAGUUGCUUAAUAUGUUUCAUGAGUCUGAAGCUACCUAUGCACAAGUCCCAAAAGAAGAUCAGAGGUCUACACGAGCACAAAGAAUCCCACAGAUUUCAGGGCUAAGCCUGGAGCCAGUGCACACACAUUACAGUGAUAGAAACCAGCCUUUGUUUCUCCAGGACUUCAGGUCUCCCUGCAUAAUUUGAACUGGGAAAACCGAUCUCAUGAGUGCCUCAAUGAAAUUACUUUCUCCCAUCUCAUGAGCAAAACACCAAUGCAGCCAUAUGAGGAGCCACAAGCUUUGUUUUUCUCUAGGCAUGCUGUCUCUGCAGGAGGCCAGCUGCCCAUACACCAGCAGCAGAUUAGCAGAGCUCUCUGAAGUUACACAAGCAAAGCUUCCUUUCAUGCACUGAGCCUCACUUGUGGCUGACCUUCAUCUCCCUGUAUUCAGGACCCAACAGCAUUUCAGCUUGCAACAGGGCUCGUGGUGGGGAUGAUAGAGGGCAGGAAGCGAUAUAUGAAAGGGUCCAUGGGUCAUCACUGCAGAUGGGGAUAUGUGUGGGAGGGCAGAAAAGAGCAAAGCAGGAAAGUAAUGUAAAAAAUAGAGAUGAAAAAAUGAAGGCAAAAUUGCACAGGAAACAGCAGUAAAGAAGAAAAAGUGUUUGCAAUAGAGUUGGUGCAAAAAGUGACUGCAGAGGUCAGAGGCGGUCACAGGGAAAUGGCAGUGACAGGAAUAUGAAGCGUUUCAGGAAAUAUAAAUGCACUUUUCUUCCAGCCCUCAGAGAGCAAUAAUGACAGCAAUGCCAGUGACAGGCAGACACUUGUGGGGGUGAACAAGAAAUAGUGAGAGGGGUCCAGGUAGUGUCUCAGCAAGUAGUGAAGGGCUUUCUCUUGCUGCUGGUGAAUGUCUCUGGGCCAGAACUCAGCCUGGGGUCGUAAGGAUCUCAGAAAAUCAAAGAAUCAUUUGAGUUGGAAGAGACCUUUAAAGGCUGUCCAGUCCAACUCUUCUACACUGACUGGGGUCAUCUACACCAUCAGGUGCUCAGAGCCCUGUCCAGCCUGUCCUUGAAUGUCUCCAAGGAUGGCGCAUCCACCACCUCUCUGGGCAACCGGUGCCAGUGCAUCGCUAUCCUUAUCAUAAGAAACUUCUUCCUUAUGUUCAGUCUGCAUUUCCCCUCUUUUGGUUUGAGACCACUACUUCCUCUUGUUCUGUCACAACUGACCCUGCUAAAUAAUCUGUCCCUUACUUUCUUACAGUCCCCCUUCAGAUACUUAAGUAUCUGAGCAUUGAGCCAGGCAAAGUGAGACUGUGCUGGAUGGACAGAUGUCCCUCACCCACUGCUGUCUCAUGGCAAGCUCAGGCAGUGACACCAGUGGCAAACAACCAGGCUCUGGCCUUCAUCAACUAGUGGACCCAGUCAGGUGGAAACUGUGUUGAGAAGUUUAAUUUGAUUAAUAAUGGUCUGCAGUGGCAAACAAAAGAAAAUUGUGCUUAACAAAUUAUAUGGAAACUUACAGUUGCUGAAGUGGGUGAUAUUAAGACCAGACAGGCAGAUGCCGUGGGUGUAAUUUACCUGGCCUUCAGUACAACCUUCAGUAUAGAGUAAAUGAAUACAUUCAAUUUGCAUUUAUAUAGCUCCUUUUCAUCCUCACACUGUGGCAAAUCACCUUACAAACAUCUCAUGGGCUGUUUGAAACUUGUGUCCAGACAAGCUGAGAGGAAAUGAGUCUUGAAGAGACUGUGAGCUGCAAACUGGGGAUGUGCGUAUUUCAAUGCAGAUACCCAAAUGUCCAUGGUCUGGUCACUUGGUGACUGGAUAUAAGACUGCGAGUCACUUAGAAAACUGCAGAAAUGGAUUUUGGCUGGCUAACUCAUGCAGACUCUCCUUCUCUCCAACAGGAAGCCCUGCUCCUCCAGGCCUGGCCACAGUGGGGAAGCUGGGGCUUGUCCUGGCACAGUGUUAUCUCCACUGAAGAGACAUUCUGCCAUCCAUUUCCCAAACUUAAUGGCCAAAUAACAAGAGCCAGUUUAUGGCACUCACAAGAAAUGGACACAAUGGAUUCUUAAAGGUUUUGCAAAAUCACUUCAGCUGUAUUUUGAGAAUCCAGUGUCACUGAGCUUUUGCUUGCUGAAGAAAUAUAGUGAAAAAAUUUGAAGACGAUGAAAUGGGGAAAUUAUUUUUUUUUUCCUCCAAGCAAUUCCUCUAAGCAAUCUCCUGCUUUUGAUAACCAACAAUGUAGCAUUUGUGUAGGAGAGCAUUUUGGAUGCAUGGCAGUAUGAGCGUUCCAUGGUGUUUUGCAGUUCUUGGUUAUUGGUUUAUCCUGGGGGCUUACAGCAUUCCAUUAUCACCAGCACUUCUGUAGUCCCACGCUAGCACAGGGCUAUGGCACUCUGCAACUGUAUGACACUGCAAACCUGGAUGAAGAAGGAAAAUUUCAUCAGCUUAAGUGGUUCUAGCCUAGUUCUUGUAAUUUUUUAAAACAAGGGGACCUUCCCUGAUCUUUUGUAUUGUUUUUAACAUUAUUUUGUUUUUAAAGCUGUAUAAAGUGCUUUGCCAGCAUAAAUAGCAGUAACUUAAGGAUCUAUAUCAAAAUUUUCUCUUCUUUAGUAGCUCUCUUAUUCCAAAAGCAUUUGUAUAUGGAAAAGUGAUGAGAAAUGGCACUAGCAGCCAAAGACAAGCUGUCUACAGAGUCUGAUUUUAACAGAUUAUUUUUAUUAGAAAACAGUGGGGAGUGUCUAUGAAUGACAACUGGGAAAGCUCUUUCUCCACACUUAACUCCACAUCAAUCUUAAAUGAGUAUCUCCUUCAAGGCUUACCUCAUCUGCUCCAGUUUUAGCAGCAACUUAAUAAAGUGCAUUUAUCACUUCUUCUCCACCUAAAAGCUUGGCUAGUUCUGUCUUCACGUGGCUCCUUAUGUGCAUGUCAACCUUGACCCCCUUUUCCUAAAAAUGCACUGAUUAAUUUUUGUUGAAGAGCAUUUCCUUCUUUCUCAGUCCUUGAGAGUAGCCUCACUGGACACUUGUGUUGGUACACUAAAAACUGUUCAUUUUUCCUUGGUUCAUCUUUUAUUGAGGAUUGAUAAUGGUUGCAAGAGGGUAUUUGUGAUCCAUCUGCCUUCGUCUUCCAGUGCUGUAGAGCACAGGCAUGGUGAGCAGUGUUUUUCAGCAGGGCAACGUUUCUUUCUUCCAACACCAGCUGAUGGAUGUGCACAGAGACUUUGGGGCACGCUCCUCAGCUGGAGCUACAGUUUGCCUAAAAUCCCAGGUGCUGCAUAGAUAUUAAUUAACUUUGAUGUUGUUUAAUGGUACUCAGUGUGCAUUUUAAUGAGACGUACCUCAUAACAUGUGUCAGGCCAGGUCAGGUUGUGCUGUCACCUGAAACUCCACAGGAAAUUAAAACACACCUUUAGAUGAUGGAAGAAAAAUUUGUCUUGGUACUAUGCAAAGAUCCACUAUAUUUUUCCUUCUGCUUUUCAUUCAAAAUACUGAUACACUAAAAUGUUCUUGUUACACUAAAAUGAGGUGGGAAUAACUCAGACCAGAGGGUAUUUCUUAGUUGUUCUGCAUUAUGGGCUGGCCUCGGGGCAUCUUCUCUCCAUCCCAUUCCUAUGAGGGCCAACCAAUUCUGACUUCUGAGCUCACUCCUUUUCCUUUGCCCUGUCUCUUGAAAAGGAUAGGAGAGAGUGGGGACCCAAAUUUGCUGGAGGGUGCAACUUUCACCUGAAGGAGGUCUGACCAGACCUCCAGUGCUGCCAGCCCUUCUCUAUCCUUCCCUACGAUGUGCACAUUUUCAUGAUCGCAGCUCUCCUUUUCUGCUGUCAGCAACUGCCCUAGGUGCUACAGAUGUGUACUGAGGAGCCCGUUCAAGCUAAAGGCGGAUAAAUGGUUUCAGAAAUUAGCCUUGACUGAGUCUCUGCGGUGAAAAAUGGAGGCAUUUCUCUCAUACGUGUUAGGACUUGCUCAAUGUAUGCUCUGCAUCCACUGUCCAAAGCCACUGCUGCUCACUUGCUUUGUUUGGACUCGAUGGCAUCAGUGACAUUCAUGUUGGUUUUAUGUAUUGGAAUAAUUUGUGGAGUAACUUUUUUUAGCAUCACUUUAUUGACUGCUUAUUAGGCAAUAAAAAUUCCUGUUGGCCCACCAAUAUAGAGCACACAUGGGCUGCCCAGCUGCAUUAGGAAGAAUAUUUAAUAACCAGCAGUCCAUCAGCCUCAGCAAUGGGAAGGAGGAAUGAGCAGGAGAACCUUUUCAUGUUGGAAUAGGGAGCCUGUAAUAAAAAAGAAAAGAAAUAAAUGACUGAGAUGGCAUUCAAAACAGACACAUACAGAGGUAUAUUAUCACACAAAGACUUGUAAGAAUUAUUUGAGAGAGGCAACUGGUGCUGUCCCUUGCCCACCACUGGGAGCCGUCCUUUGUCUUUGCUUUGUUCUACCCACAGUGAUAUAUAUGGGGGCAAGAAAUGUCUUGACAAGAAUCUAAUCUCAUGACAAAUACAAAAGUAAUACUAUGCUGUGUUAUAACUGUAGUUCAGCUUUAUUGCAGGUCCUGCAUGACAGUGUUCAGCACUGUCAGGCUGCUUCUCAGGGAAGGUGCCUCAUCCAGGAAAGAGUUUGCAGAGAAUAUCUAUGGUGGUUUCCUCACUGCAAUGUAUGUUAAACUCUUACUUAGGUCAAAGCUGCUAGGAACAUUAAGGUCUGUCUGUGGUCUUUCCAUAGAGACAGUAGUGCUCAUCUGCAGCAAUUGCUUCACACCUGGAGGAGCAGAAGUAUGUUUUUUAAUUCAGCAGAGGUUACUGAAGUGUUGGCUAGAUUUAGGAGCAGACUGGCUAAGCUCAUGUCAAUUUUAUUAGCAUUAAAAGAGCUUAAAUUCAUAUCUGAAAAUAUCAUUUAUGAGUUCUGACUUCUGUUUUUUCCAACUGCAUGACCUUCAUAUCUUCACUUCGUUUCUGAGCUUACUGGGCUGUCAGCAUAUGUGUAUCCUGAGAGUUGAGAGAUAAAUAAUUAUGAAUGAUCUUUCAUGUUUACUGUUUGAGUAAGAUCCAAACUGUUCCUGUGCAGAAGGAGACAAAGGCAGAAUAUUUGUGCAGAAAAAGCUGUGUCUACAUGAUCUGGUAAUGCAGUCCAGUAGGGAUAGAUCUGUAGAGCACUGGAGCUCCAAGGUCCAAAGCCAGACUAUCCAUGCAUCCACAUUCCAUGAUAUUCAUGGAUUAAGAUACUUUCCUUCAGAAGAUUCCAGUCCAGACCUGUCAGUGGCCAGUGGAGAUUGGAACAAUGUGGUAUGGAUGUCUCACAUCUCCCAGUUUAGUUUAAUUGGAAGAAAAUCUGGUUUGUGCACUCGGUAGUCAUGAUGUGUUGCAAACCAAUGCGUAUGAGAAGUGAAAUGAAGAGGAGAUUUGCUUUAAAAGCUCUCUCCUCAUUUGAACAAAGAUUUGAAUGAAUGAAUGAUGAAGGAAAAAAACCCACAUCAAUUAAAGAAGAACACAUAUUUCCACACCCAGUUCUCACAUCCAGGAAGAAGAAAAAAUAAAAUAAAAAGAAGAGUGAAGAGAAAAUUCACAAGUUUGUUCAGCACCUGUUGCAGCAUCAACUGUGCUUUCUGAUGCAUAAAUGAAGUGGGAAGCCUUCACUCCAAGAGGUACUGGGGAAUCAUACACUUGUCAGUCAGCUUUGAAGUAUGACCAAUCAGCAAAUACCCUGGAGGUCUUACUUUAUUAAAUGAAAAUUGCAAUUUAGGUUUCAGGUUCUACAUUUAUAAUAAAAUUUCCCCCUUGGUUUUAAAUUCCCAUUCUUGUUACUCUCCAGCUGAUCUCCAGUCUGAACAGGUGAAGUUAUAUCCCUGCUUCAUGAGACUGAAGCAGCACAUACUGCACUGGUGAGCAUUAAAUACCAAUCAUUAGAUGUCCUUGAAGAAAUCUGGAAAUCUUCUGCCUGUAAGGACAUGAAAAAGUGUUAAAGCAGAGAAGAUAAAUUGUGUCUGACAAUAGGCUGUAGAACGAGGCUUCUCUGUGAAGAAAGACCUAAUAAAUUAAAGGUGACUUGCAAAAGCUUUCCUUUUGAAGGAGAUAAAUUCAGAGAUUUGCCUUGCAAGAGGCGCAGGUACUGGAAACUCAAAGAACCCACCUGUUGCCGGUGUGUCUCCAUCUUCUCGCGCUGCAAUCUCUUGCAACAAAGGGAGGCUGUAGCAGCUCCUGCAGAGUUGGUGCUGCCAGGUGCCGGAGGAGCCUUGUGUGCAAUGUGGGCAGCGCAGCAAAGCUGGAUUAGUGCUAAGGGGGUCAGUGCAUACCAAGCUCCACAGGGUUAACAGAAGCUGAAUUUAAAAAUGAGCCACCUGUGGUGCACAUUUGUGGCUUCAGUAUUUGGUGUAUUUUGGUCAGAAUCUGUCUGAAGCACUCGGUAGAGCUUAACAUACUGCAUGGCAGGGAGGAGAAGGGACGGCAAGAGCAAGGCUGAGAUAGCUGCAGGAUGGCUGGGUUUCAGGGUCUGCGUCAGGGUCUACAUUAAUUUUUGGAGCACUCCUGCAGUAGACAAGAGAUAAAUCCAGACCCUCUAAAUGUUUCUUGGCCCAGAGAAUUGGAGACCCUAUAGUGGCCUUGCAGUACCUAAAGGGGGCCUACAGGAAAACUGGGGAGGGACUUUUUAGAAGGGCAGAUAGCAAAAGGAAGAGGAGAAAUGGCUUUAAACUGGAAGAGGGUAGAUUUAGACUAGAUAUCAAGAAGAAAUUCUUCACUGUGAGGUGGUGAGACAGUGGAACAGGUUGCCCAGGGAGGUUGCGAAUGCUCCCUCCCUGGAAGCACUCAAGGCCAGGCUGGAUGGGGUUUUGAGCAACCUGGUCUAGGGGGAGAUGUCCCUGCCUAUAGCAGGGGGUUGGAACUAGGUGAUCUAAAAGGUCCCAUCCAACCCAAACCAUUCUAUGAUUCCAUGAUUCUAUGAUUCAUUCUGUGAUUCAUUCAAUAAUGAAGGUCGGAAAGGAGCUUGGGAUCAUCCAGUCCCACAGUGGGAAUAAUCCCCAACCAGCGCUGGUUGCUCAGAGCCUCAUCCAGCCAAGUUUGGAGAAUCUCAAGGAAUGGAGAAUCCAGGACUUGAACUUUCCAAUGCUGAUUUUUUUCCUCUUCUAUUGUCAAAAAUUGUCCCAGUUGCAGCCUGUGCCCAUUGCUCUAAAUAUUGUAAGGCUGCAGCAAAGUCCCCAUUCAGCUGCUUCUCCACUGCAGUCAGCCCCAGUCCCAGGGCUGUCCCAAGUACAGGAUUUUGCAUUCAUCUUCGCUGAACUCCAGGAAGCUGCAGGGGUCCCAUGGGUUCCAAGCCAGCCGUUUUUAGAGCAGACCUCAGCUAGAAAAGCUAAUGAAGACUACCACAGCAAAUCCAUUAGGAACUGUCACUGAAUUUAGAGGAAAGUACGAAUGGCAAGGAAAUCCUCCAGAGAACAGCAAGAAAAAGAAAAAAGGAUGUGAAAAAUAAAGGUAGUCCCAGUUCUUUCACUCCUCUCACUUGAUGAGACCUCAGAGCUGCAUGGAUCCUAUUCACUGAGUACCAGUUUCUGACAGACUAUGGUUGCAUGCAAAACCACAUUACGUCUUAGCACAGUUUGCAGCUGUGAUCCCUGAAACAGAGACCUUUAACACUUCUAAGAGAUAUGAAACACAAAGAAAGCUGUCCAGUCUCUGGGACCAGCCACUUGAGGGAGCCAAGAUUACGUACACCGAGAGCCGGCUGAUUACAUAAACACUUUUGAAGUGUUGUAGCUGGAACCACUCUUUUUCUCUAAUGCUAAAUUUGUUUGGUCAGAAAGCUCUGAGAACUUCUGUCUCAGAUUUCAAUGCUGUGUAAUUUGGCUUCUAAAGAAAGACUUGUGGUAUCUUGCUGUAGAUGUGUUGAGUCUGUCCCCCUGGAUGACUUUUGGUUGCGUGUCUCAGUUUCAAACAGAUUUGAUAGCUGUUAAGAAGUCUCAGCAUUAAUUUUCUACAAAUGAGUGAGUACUGACAAAACAAUCACGAAAGUGAGUAGAGAAGUGCUGUCUUUUUAUGAAAUCAACUGGAUUACUGGGAAAAAAUGCACAUUUUAUGGCCCACAAUGUUUUCUUCAGAUCCUAGAUCAGUAUCUCUAUUUUAAACUUUAAAGGCUCAACAGAAGAGAAAGUUAAAGGAGAGCUAUAGGAAAUCACUUAAAAGUCACAGGAAAUCGGGAUCCAAUUGUCAGAGAGAUACCCAUUCAAAUGCUACACAGCCACCAAGACAACCUCCCUUUCUGUCUUUACUGAAUUAUAAUCUUCUAUGUGUGUGUUAUGGACAAAAUAGGUUUUGCAAAGUUUCUUGACAGAAAAUGGUAAGACAAGUUCCAUUUAAAAUGAUUUUCGGGUUUCAAAAAUGAUUGCUACAAACCUAUGGAAAGUGACAAGACAACCCUUUGAUUCUACUUAUGAUUCACACCCACGCAUGCUAGGGAAUAGUGCUGGCAUUUUGUCAGCAGUGUUGCAUUAUGAGCUCUCAUUUGUGUUCCUUUUUUUCCCCAGGUGGAUUUAUUUCUUGUCCACAUCAAAAUGCAGAGACUGCUCCAUUCAUCAGGUCCGUGGCAUACAAAGGAGAUAUUAUCAACAUGUAUCUUCUAUCCUAGCAAGGAAAACUGAGAAUCAGAAGAAGCAUUCAGCAAGCAAACAGGAACAGAUGCCUGAAAGAUCUCAUAUCAGCAGAUAUAGUAUCAAUAAACUGUUAAGUAGCAAAUGACAGCACUGACAUCUUUCCUAUACGUACUGAAAUACAAGCCCAGCCAAUGAUGACAUCUGACUCUUAAGAACGAGUUCAGAAAGGCUCCACUGGGGGCUGGGACAUGAUGAACAUAUGACAGAACAAUGAUAAUAAGCAUCCUGCCCCUUGCCCACAACAAACUUCUCUUCUGAAUAGACAGAUGUCAAUUUGACCCAAUUGGUUUUUAAAAAGAGCUCAUUUUGUAAUGCAUAUCUGUGUAUCUCUCUUUCUCUUCUUUAAGUGUAUGUAAACACACAUAAACAGAUACAAAUGUCUAUUUCUGUCCUCAGGGUGGAAUGGCUUGUAGGUAAAAUACCUGUAAACGAAGCCUCCUCCCAACAGUCCCAGGUAUGCACUGCAGAUGCUGUUGCAAAGGACAGAAGCAUCAGCACCAUUCACCUUGUGUUUUCUUGUCCUUGUAUUCAAGAAAAAAUGUCCCUAUAAUUAGAAAGCAGAAUUAGUACUGAAACAAUUUUCACAUCACUGGUCCUUCAGCCUCCUCAGAUGUUAUUUGUGGUAUCUGCUUUCAUGCAAGAGGAUGGGACCAAAUAAAAGCAAUCACAAGGAUGGAAAUGUUCUCAGCAGGAGGAAAAGGGAUUAUAAAAAAGCAGAGGAAAAUGACUUCUGAAUGUUUUGUAGUCCUGAGCAUCCAUAUGCCAUUUGAGCUAUGUACAGUGUUAACGGAUAGAUCUAAAAAUAAAGAAUACAUUAUUUAUUAACUUAUUAGAGCUUUUAGAAAAUAGGAGCUGAAUUCACUUAGCUAAUAAGCUACCUCAGAUCACAUCCAUUGGAAGAUAUAUUCAUAUGAAUUGGAUGAGGUGUGCAUUUGGUCUUUAUGAGGCCACUUAGGAACCUAAAGUUACUUUUUUCUUCUAGGAAAAAUACACAGAAUAGUUCCAUUUUCGAACAUUUUAUGAAGGCUAUAUGCUAUUCUAUAUCUGCCCCUGUCCAUGCUCCUCCCUACAUAAGUUUGUGUAAUUCCAGUUUUAUUUCAGAACAAGAUUCGUUUGUAAUCCAAAGGAUGUGAUAUCACAGAGCAGAUUAAAGCAAGAAAAUAUGCUGUUGAGAACAUAGCAUGAAGGCUAUUUACUGGGGGUCUCAUGACCUUCCAGCCCUUUAUGAUGAGCAGAACAAACCAGUGAAUGUACCAGGAUGUAAAGAGUUUACAGUCUUGACAGCAUGGACCUGCUCUCUCAGACCACAUUCCCACACAGCCUGCAUUUAUAUUCAUGUCUCUGUCUAGCUAUGCUGAAUGGAGGGAGAUUAGCAAGGUGGGCUAGAGUGCUGUCAUGGUGUCUUGUGCUGCGGUCAGAUGUCUUUUGCAGUCCAAGGAAAGAGCUUCAUGGGUUCCUGGAGAGGCCUGGUCUGUCUCCACACUGCUCUGAAGGAUAUAGGCCAGGUUCAGAAGCAAGGCACGGGUCUUGAAUAUUUUCAUAAUUUUUGCAUUAACUAGCAAAGUGAGAACUACUCUUGUUAAAAGUCAUUUCAUCCACAUACAUGAAGGUUACAUCAAAGGCAACAGGAGAUGAGGACUUCAGAGUCUAUGCUGCCUUAUCCAGGCUGUUAGGCUGGAUAAUCCUGGAAAAGGCUUUCCUUUAGUCCAGGGCAAAUUCAGAGUAGAAGCCCAGGCCUAGUCUUCCACAGGUACUGAGUAAAGCUCUGCUCUUACCCUUCUCCCAUGCUCCAGCCAUUCAUUUCCCUGACCUGGUGACAAUCAUCCCUGCUCUGCACACCUGGGCCAACUCAGGAUGAACCACUCACAUGGAGAUGAAGGGCGGAGAAGGAGAAAGGACGCAUCAGAAUUAUGGAGACCAUCUUCCGCAAAGGGAAAAAUCCUCGAUGAAGAAGAAAGCCCAUAAACCACAUAAAAGUUUAUUUGGCGACUAAGGAGGAAGAGAAAAAACAUAUAUAUUCUCUACAGCUCUUACUUUCAAUACAUGCAUUACAUAUUAUUUAUUUACAUAAUUACCCAUUGGUAUUGCUUUUUUUACAACUUCACUUUAAAAACUAUGCUGUGUGUUGGCCUAAGCAUCCAGUCUGAAUGCAGAAGUGCCACCUGGGUGCCUAGAAAUAAUUCUGGUGCCAUUGGUCAAUUUUAAUUGUAUUUGACAGGCUGAAGUUUGAGAGAGAACGUUUCUUCCAGUUAUUUCAAGCAAAUGGUGGGUAGGUACAACAAACACCAGUGGCUGUUCCAGGCUGAAAGCUAAACUCAGCCUUAGAGAAAAGAAGAGGGCUUUACCUCUUAGUGUAGGCUUCA